AUGGAACAGAAUGGAGUUCGACACAUAACAGUAGCUCCCUACCAUCCAUCUUCAAAUGGCCUUGCUGAGAAAGCUGUCAACAUUUUUAAGGGUGGACUUAAGCACUCUGAUGGAACUCUAGAAAGCAAGCUGAUGCGAGUAUUGUCUAAAUACCGCGCUACACCUCACACAAGUACUGGGGAAACGCCUUCUAAGCUUUUGAUGGGCCGUGAAUUAAAGACACCCCUUGAUAAUUUACGUCCAAACCUAAACAGCAAAGUUGAGAGUAAGCAACAACAACAGAAAGAACAUCAUGACAAGAGAGCUGUUCAAAGAACUUUCUCUGUUGGAGACCUUGUUUAUGCGAGAAACUUUGGAAGGGGUGACGCGUGGUUACCUGGCCUUUUGGUCGCACAGACAGGCCCAAUGUCGUUUUUUGUCGAGUUGCUGCAAGGUGGUUUGGUCAGAAAGCAUCAAGACCAGAUACGUAUGCGCUUCACCAAAGACAGUGCAACACCAGGUUUACUUCAGCUUCAGGAGACGCAGCUUCCUUUGCCAGAAAUUAGAGAUGCUUUAAUUGUGCCUGAUUUCAGCUGA